GCGCGCUGGGACGGCUGUCGGCGGCACCUGGCUGACCGGACGGGUGACGGUGAUCCGGAGUGUCGUGUUUGAGUCCGCUUAUCGGUGCCUUCCACCAAAAGAGCAGAUCCUGCCGAACUACGAAGUAUCUUUUUGCAGUAUGCCAGUGUUGAGAAAGAUGGAGAGCGUUACAUGACCCCAGAAGAUUUUGUGCAGAAAUACCUAGGACUCUAUACAGAUCCACGUUACAAUCCUAAAACAGUACAGCUGUUGGCUGGAGUGGCAGAUCAAACUAAAGAUGGGUUGAUUUCCUUUCAAGAAUUUUUGGCAUUUGAAUCUGUUUUGUGUACUCCAGAUGCAAUAUUCGUUGUUGCUUUUCAGUUAUUUGACAAGAAUGGCAAUGGAGAAGUAACAUUUGCAAAUGUCAAAGAAGUAUUUGAACAAACUACUAUUCAUCAUCAAAUCCCCUUCAACUGGGAUUGUGAAUUCAUUCGGCUGCAUUUUGGACAUAACAGAAAGAAGCAUCUUAACUAUACAGAGUUCACUCAGUUUCUUCAGGAGCUUCAGGCAGAACAUGCAAGACAAGCCUUUGCAUUGAAGGACAAAAAUAAAAGUGGGAUGAUUACUGGGCUGGACUUCAGUGAUGUCAUGGUUACCCUUCACUCCCAUAUGCUGACACCAUUUGUGGAAGAAAAUUUAGUUUCAGUAGCUGGUGGAACUGUUUCACGUCAGGUCAGCUUCUCCUACUUCAAUGCAUUUAAUGCCCUUUUGAAUAACAUGGAUCUCAUUAGGAAGAUAUACAGUAAUAUAGCAGGUACAAGAAAAGAUGUUGAAGUCACAAAAGAGGAAUUUACCCAGUCUGCAAUACGAUUUGGACAAGUUACACCGUUGGAAAUAGAUAUUCUUUACCAACUUACAGGUUUAUACAGUGUUACUGGGCGAUUAACUUUGGCAGAUAUUGAGAGAAUAGCACCACUAGCUGAGGGUGCAUUACCUUACAACUUGGCAGAACUCCAGAGGCAGCAAUCAUUUGGGGAGUUAGGAAGGCCUAUCUGGCUCCAGAUAGCUGAGUCAGCCUACAGGUUCACUUUGGGCUCAAUUGCUGGAGCUGUUGGUGCUACAGCAGUAUAUCCCAUAGACUUGGUGAAAACUCGUAUGCAGAAUCAGCGCUCCACUGGUUCAGUCGUAGGAGAGUUGAUGUAUAAAAACAGCUUUGACUGCUUUAAAAAGGUUUUGCGUUUUGAAGGCUUUUUUGGUCUUUACAGAGGUAAGUGAAUAAAAUGUAUAUAUCGGCUUGGGGAUUUUCUCCUUUUUUAUUUUUUUAAUACCUCAGUAACUACUCCUACUGGAAAACUGUGAAACUUGAUUCAAUUUACAUUUUUGCUUCUCUCUCAUAGAGUUGAAUGUUUAAGUUCCCUUGAGCACUGUUCAUCAUAAUUGCUGGGAAAAACGAGGCCUUCUGUUGUUGUUACUGUUUGGCUUCUUGGUACACAGAUCUGUUAAAGUCCUAAUCUCUAUGGUGUGAGUGUUGUGGACAAGAUUAUCUCACAAACUGAGGUUUGUGACAUUUGGCUGGGGGCAAAUGUGAGGAAUGGAUUUUAGCCUGUGAAGAGUAAAUAUCUGUUUUACAGCAAAUAUUUUUUAUUAAAAGAGAGAAAAUAGUCAUUCUGAAAGGUACUUGUUAAACUGGAUGCCAUAUUGCUUAUUCCUCAUACCUCUGCAGGUAUUGGGACUACUGUGAGCAAAAAAUUGCAGCCUGCAAUUUAUGUAUCACUUUGUUCCAAAAUGCAGGUUAAGAAUUCAAAGCAGCUUAUCAGUUGAACCAGUUAGAUAGAAAGCUAUCUUACUUAUUUUUUUAGCUUAGGAGAAGCUUAUGAAAGCAUUUAUAUCAUAUCAACAAGAUAAUUUACUUAACGGGUACAUACAGUACACGUCUUCUGAUAUUUAUAUUUAGUUCAAUUCUCUCGCUCUUUUUUUUUUUUUUAUAUAGGAGUCAGCACUUCCUUAAAAUUUUAUGUUUUAAUGUGAUGGUCACAAACUUGUUUUUUUGUAUUACAGUGUGUUCUGCCCAUGAGGACACUGGUCCUUGCUAGUAUUUGUUAAGAGCAGUAUCUGAGAAGUUUUUGCAUGUGAAAGUCUAUGGGCUCUAAGUAGUUUUCUGUGAUCUCACAGGAUUUUGCAGUGACAGAGAAAUAAAUCAGUCAAAAUGUUAAUGAAAUAGCUGUGAUCUCAGUAAAUUGUUUUUUUUUUUUCUUAGUAGAUUUCUUCCCUUUUUUGUUGCUAGAUCUUUCAUCUAUGACUCUAUUUUAAACUUUGUGAUUUCUGCAGUUCUUUUCUAUAGUACUCUUUUCUUUCUCCACCCUUCACCCUAACAUGAUUUUGCACAGCCACUUCUAAAACUAAUGAGUUUUUAUUUUUGUUUUCUAACUUUUGGCAAAUGCUUUCCAUAGCUGAGUUAAAAACAGUGCUUCACGCUCGAGGGGGGAAAGGUACACGUUGAGGGAGUGUAAUGUCAACUUGUUAAACUUUUAAAAAAUACAUCUUUAAAAUUGUUUAGCAUGAAAGGUUUGUGUAACUAUUCUGAAAACAUUAUCUUCAAUAGUCAGCAUGUACUCGUAGUAUCAGAUUACUGCAGAUGAGUAUUAAACAGAAACAACAAAUAUUUACGGACUUGACUGUAACUGGAAUCUUAUUUCUGAGAGGGAUUAACUUAAAUUGUAUUCUAAUAUAUAAUGAUACAAUAUAGUUCUCCACUUCAGUUUAAAACGCAGACUUGAAUGGGUAUUGGAAAGUUCAUAUUUUAAAGUAAAAACUUCUAAUUUUUGGUCAGGAAAAUUAUGAUGCUUAUGAAACCUGACAUCCAACUUCUGAACUAAUUAUAAAGUAUUUUCUAAGCUCUCUUGCUAGACAGUGCUGAAUCCCAAGUUCUCUAGAAUACAGAGUGUGUGUGUCCAGGGUGUUUAGCUGCAUAUAAAGGAGGAGACAGAGUGUGGGGAAUUGUCUUGGGGUGUUUCGUCUGGUAGUUUUUUUUCUUUUCCCUCCUGCCUCCCCCACUGAAAUACAGGCACUGCAGAGCUGGGUUUCUUUUUGUGGUAGAUCAGAGAUUCAGGCUGGGAGAGCAGUAUUUCUUUUUGUUAUUGUCAACCUUUUUUGUAUUUAAUAACUACCUUUCCCCUGCAUAGUAAGUCAGUACAUCACACAGAAGGUACUGUGUUGGAAGAAAACACUACACUGCAUAUAUUAAGUGCUGCACUUUCUAUUUUGGUACGUUUGCUCUGAGCUCCUUUUAGGGAAGUACUAUAAAAAAUUUACAGACUUGAGUACUUUGGGGAAUUUUUAAGAUUCUUUUAUGAAUUUUAGCCUCAUUUUCACUUAAGAUAGAGUGGGAAGCUGCAUCAUCAUAGUUUUGUUGAUAUAAUUUGAUGUUUGAUAUUAUUAGUAUGGGAUUUCUUUAUUUGUUAAUUGGCAAUCACUUCUAACAAAUUGAUAUUUCCUAAGCAUGGAAAUGAGCACUUCUAAUAAAAAUAAACUCUUUAAGUUUUAUGAUUUUGUACGUAAUACCAGGAUUACUAUGGAGAAAAUGAAUUGAAAGAUAGCAGAUGCUGCUGUGAUCUUCUGUGUUACAGAGUUGAGACUGCCACCUACUGAUUUUUCUUUUUUUUUUCCUUAAACCUAUUAGCUCCAUGGAAGGUGCAUGUCCUUCUGUGAAAAGACUGUUCAUUUUGGUAGUAGCUGUUUUCCAGGAGGAAGAGUCUUUCAAAAUUGGUUUCUGCCAACUGAUACUUCCUCUUGGCAAGAUUAA